CAGAGGCAGACUCCGAAACUCUGAAAACACGAUUCAGAGCUGAAUGCGUGGAUAUCAUGCAGCCAGUCACAUGAAACCUCUUGAUUUCUAGCCGAUAUACACACGAACCCUCUCUCAUUUUACAUCGAGUUUGGUGCCUUCUUUGUUUUAUUAUCUACUUCCUCUGAUCUGAAGAGCAGACAUAGGAUCAACACAGACGGGGAAAACAGGAAUGUUUCUUCCGCCUCCAAACACAGAGGAAAUCGAACGGAAGCCGAUGUGGAGGAGAGAGCAGACCGGGAUAUCAGGAUAAGGGUGAGAUUCAGGUAUCUGUAGUUUGUCUGCAGAGCUGUUGUAACCCAACCUUCAGUGCCCACCUUCAGUGUCACUGCUUGUGCCUCACCAGCUCAGCUCAGCUCAGCUCUGCCCCCAGAACCCGCAUUUUGACAUAACUAAAAUCUAUAAAGCUGCUCCCUCACUGGCACGCUUUACAGUUGCCCCUCUGUUUGGGAUAGAAGUGUGACGCUUGUCACCUUCACUGAAAGCCAACUUGGUGCUCAUUCAAAGGGCGGAGGAAGGUUGCUGAACACAGUGCCGCUUUCCCUGGAGAUGAAGCUGCAGGCCGUCAUGGAGAACCUGCACAGGCAACAGAGGGCCAAGCUUCUGAUGGAGCAGCAGCUACAGCAGCAAGCCAUCAACCAGCACGCUCAGGUCCGCACAGGCGACGAUCCGAUGGAGAGUCCUGCCCCCGAGGGCGAGCAUGCACAGAUAGCAGCGCUAGCGGCCAUGCGAGCUGCAGCAGCCGGGCUGCAGAAAGUAUCGGACAGCCCCAUGUCGAAGCGCAGCAGUGGCGGGGAGGAGGAGCGUGAGGAUGACAAUGAUGAAGGGGAGGAGCAUUACAAGGAUAUGAUGGGUUCGGAUGAGGAGGAACAGAUCAAACAGAAAUGGGAUGAGGGAGACUUUGAAAGCGACAUGGACGAAGACUUUGAUGAUGACAUGGCAGAGGAAGGUUUGCCGACGGGCCAUGAUGCCAUAACUCCCGGGAAGGGCAUCCUCCUGCUGCCUCACCGUCAGCUCCAUCCCCACUCCCACCUGCUGAAGGUCCGUCCCAGUGUGGAGCAGGAGCCCCGUGUUGCCAUCUUGCCCCCCCACACGCUGCACAGCCACCUGGGCGGACAGGAUCACGGAGAAUGGACCUACGAGGAGCAGUUCAGACAGCUCUACGAACUAGAUGGGGACCCCAAGAGAAAAGAGUUUCUCGAUGACCUCUUCAGUUUCAUGCAGAAAAGAGGAACACCUGUGAAUCGUAUACCCAUCAUGGCCAAGCAGGUCUUGGAUCUGUACAUGCUCUACAGGCUGGUGACAGAGAAGGGUGGCUUGGUGGAGGUCAUCAACAAGAAACUGUGGAGGGAGAUUACCAAGGGACUUAACCUGCCUACCUCAAUCACCAGUGCAGCCUUCACCCUCCGCACACAAUACAUGAAGUACCUGUACCCAUAUGAAUGUGAUAAGAGAGGUCUGAGCAACCCCAAUGAGCUUCAGGCAGCCAUCGACAGCAAUCGACGAGAAGGUCGAAGACAGAGCUUCGGCAGCUCCCUCUUCACAUAUUCCCCCAACGGGACACCUACCAUGCUGUCCUCAUCAAAGGUCUCUACGCCCAGUGUGGGCUUGACGGUGGGCACCAACGGAGCCUCGAUGACCUCCAUGCAGAAGAUUAAGAAAGAAGAGGAGGGAGGCCAGCUGCUGCCGGGGGUCGGCAUUCCUCGUCUGCCGGUUGGUCACUUGCCUGGCCACUCAGCGGCCGCCGUGCAGGCAGCUGCAGCCCAGGCGGCGAUGGCAGCUCAGUUGGCGGCUUUGGAGCAGCUGAGGGACAAACUGGAGGCGGGCGAGCCCCCAGAGAAGAAGAUGGCCCUGCCUGCAGAAGAGCACCACCGGCUGCUGCAAAGAGCUCUGCAACACAACCUGCUGGCCAUGACUGCUCAGAUACCGAUGAACAUCCGCAUCAACAAUCAAGAUGGGAGGCAAGAGUCAGCUCUGAACCUCACCACAAACGGCACAAACAGCAUCAGCAUGUCAGUGGAGCUCAAUGGAGUGGUGUACACUGGUGUUCUUUUCGCUCAGGCAGCAGCAGGGUCAGCUUCGUCCGGUGCGUCUGUGUCGUCCCUGUCCAACAAGCCUGUCAGCAUUCGCAAUGCUCAACAACAACAGCAGCAAAACACACCUACCUCAGCCUCCAGCAACCCGCUGUCUUAACAAACUCCCCUCAUUUUAUUUUUUUUUAUUACCACGCUAAGAAGGCCAAAAAGCAACCUCAUUUUCUACAUCAUCUAUGCCAAAAAGAAAAGGAGAACCAUCAUCAGUACAGAAAAACAAACUGAAACUCAGCUCACUUGAAGUACACUAUCUCAGGUUUUCUCUCACAAACUCAUCUCUUUUGUUCUUCAUCGCCAAAAGGAUUUUUGAAAGGAAAUAAUCCCAACUGAGAGUCAGUAUAUGCUAAACUUGUGUACAACCUGUGAAUUAUUUAUUUCUGCAUAAAUGUACAGAUUAUUGGAGAACAACAGAGAAGGUAAUAACUAGGAAGGCUAAAGCAUUGUUUACACACACACACACACACAGCUACUGACUGACAAUGAUAUUGUAUCUUCUAGAGGAGACAUUUUUUAUUAAUAUUUUAACUUUUCAUUGUCAUUAUUCUCAUUAUUGUUAUUUUCUUUGUUGUGUUUUAUUGUUUAAAUCUUUAAAAAUCUUCUCAUUGCAGGUAAAGUAAUCUUUAUAUUUAGAAUUCUAUGAAAGAAGAAGUAUGAAUAUCCUCUAUUUUUAAUCAGAAAAGCUUUAAAGGGUGUUUGGGUCUUUUUUUUUUUUUUUCUUAUUUUCUUCUUUCAGGGCAUAAAAAAUGUGUGGUUGUGACCUCAUUUUGUUGUAAAACCAGAUAACCUUAUUAACAUGGAAACCCUGUAGGAAAACAAGUCUAGUACAGGUCUGCGCUCUGGUUCUUAUCGUUGCCAGGCAGUCUUAAGUGAAACUGAAGAACCUGCAGGGAUCUUUUGAUCACUUGUAGGAGUUUUAGUGCAUCAUACCAGCCAGGCUCGUGGUGGCUUGCUUCUGCAAGUAGCUGUUUGUUUGUUUUUUGUGUGCGUGUGCUCGUUCUGGCAUAGACAGUUGUGGCUGGUUCGUAACUACAAUCCACUCCUGUAUGUUGACACGUGGCCAGUUUAAGAUAUAUAUGCCAUCCUUCCAGGUGUUUUGUCAAACGUAGUCUUCAGAAUGGCUCUCUGGAGCAGAACGAUACUUUGUGCAGGUGGUAAAAUGAGCUAAAAUACUCCGUUUAAGGUGCAUUGUUAGUUUAAAUAAUACAAGUUCUGAUUUUUUUUUUUUCUCAGGUGUCUCUUUGCUUUGUAUGAUUGGUAGCUGUCUUCUAUUACACUGGACAGAGCAAUGCUUUCUACCUUUUUUUCCUCUUCCUUCUGACUUUGCCAUCUUGUGGAGUGACUCUUUAGGUCAGUUUCAUGCAUGCUUUUGUAGAUGAAGACAAUUCAAUCAGAAAUUAAGCAAUUUUCUGUCUUAAACAUGAAGGAGCUGAGUGUCCACUCAAUCCCUCCUUCUCUUUGUGGUGGAGAAACUCACACGGACAAUCAGGUGUCAGGAGACACUGUCAGGGCCUCAGGAGAAAACCCGAUAGGCGUUUUCAGCUCGCCUUUAAAGAGCUUUUGUGACGUAGAUCACAGAUGCUUUUAUUUUUUUCCGUUCAGCUUUGAGUUUUUGCAUGUCGUAGUGCUUCUUCUGAUCCAAGUGCUUCUUAUCCCGUGCUGUGACAUGGACGUCGCCUUCUCCAUCAAGGUUACAGCAGUGAAUGUUUUGUGAUCCUCAAACUGUGCAGCUGUUGCUUGAUCUGGCCCUUUUAGGUGGCUACAUGUUUGCUUGUGUCUUAUUGGUGCAAACUCAGUUGGGUUUAUGACAGAAAAGGGCACUGUGUAAUAGUAAGUAGGGUCUCCGUAUCUUGAAAUAGUUUGAUCAUUUAGCUUUUUGAACUUGAAGCUGUGUUACCUCGCUGGACUGUUGGCUGAUAAAGGUUGUUACUCAGCCCCUCUCCCCCCCUAGAGCCCACAGCUGUACCAAGCAGCCUCGUCCCGGCUGACGUUAGGAAAUAAAUCAGGCUUUGUACAUGGGUUCUGCUCUGAGGCCUUAACACAGCGUGAGGUGACCAGAGAGUGAGCAGUACCUCCAACUAAUCACUUUUUACUGUUCAGUCAAAUAUCACCAGAUGGCUGUCAGGGCUUUGAUUUCUGUACCGGCUUCUCUGUGGGAAAUCACCACCAGCUGCUAAACAAACACUGGUCACUUUUCAAAAGCCCUCUUCGAACUCAAUAAAAAGCCACUUUCAUACGAAAUCUAAGGAAAAAUCCUAAACAAGGACCUAAAACCCCAAAUUCCAAUGCAGAAUUUAAAGUAGCUUGAUUUAAAGAAGAUGUUUAACCUUAACCGUCAUUUCUUUGGCAAUGUUAAAUUCAAUUGAAACUUUAAAUCAAAUCUGUAUAAACAUAAAUUAAGACAAUCCUUGGGGCAUUUAUCAUCAUUUUUACAGCUUUUCACUUUCAAUAGGGCUCAUGUUUGUAGUUCAAGAUGGGUCCAAAAUUCAGAAACAUGUAAGAAAAACAAUGAGAGAUAAAGAAAUCACAGGGCAGCUUGGAAUGUGUUAGAAAAUUUUGACUUUACGUUCUGAAUGGCGAUUUCAAGAAUCACUGCAUAACAAAAUGUCCACUGGAUACAAUAUUAGCUGUAGCGAAACCUCCAGCUUGAGUUUGAGUUCAUAAAAUGAAUAUUUAAAUGGAGAUUUCUCCAGUGAGCUGGAGGAAGAAAGGAAAAAUGUUGCCUGAUUGCAAACCGGCAUCAUAGAGAGGGAUUUAACAGCUCUGCAUGGUGAGCCCAGUCCGCCUGCAAGUCACCACAAGGACAUCUUAAACUGUAGAUCAAAAAACUAAAAUUCUGGCAGCAUAAGGUUAGACAUUUGAUUUCCUGCUCCAGUUCUGAUCUGCAUUGUUACCCUGAUGCUCACAGGCGUCGGCGCUCCCAUUCCACCCAGCAGCUGAGUCACCAGAAGACCUUAAGUUCACAAGCUAUGCAGUGAUUGUGCGAGUCUCACUUUUAUCCACAUAAUCAGUUAACUACACUACAGUGAUGUAGCUUUCUUAGCAUUAUUCUGUAAGGACACCGUCUGUCACACCACUCAGACUGUAAUAGUCUGUCCAGUUAGUUUCACCAAAACAACCGACUCUUUUUGACUAAUGCGUUUUAAUCUUAUAUAUCUCCUUUAAAAACAAACAGAAAGGCCAAUAGUAACUUAUUUUAUACUCUUUAAGAUUUUUAGGGUACAAAAUAUGAUAAUAUAUGUAUUAUUUAGAGGAAAUGUUCCCGUUUGCAAAACACUUCCUACCUGCCCUUAACUUUGUUGUAUCUCUGGCCAAAUGUCUAUGGUUUAUAAAAGUAGUAUUUAAUCAAAUACAUGUAAAAUCUGAAUUAAUUGUAAAAGACAGUAUAUCGAACAUUCACCACCUUUAUAGCUUAUCCUUCUAUAUCUGCAACUUUCACAUUGUAUAUGUAUUAUUUAUACAGCACCCUGUUAAAUUAUUGGCAUCUCUGGUAAAAAUGGGGACAAAGGCUCUUAACAUAUAUUGUUAUGGUGACUUUGUGACCCAAAGAUGGCACUCUUUCCUGUCAUAUAUGAGUAAAUAAUACGUGUCUUGACACUGAACGACCUAAAAAAAUGUAUUAAUUAAGGAAAAGCUCCACUUAUAUUUAAUUUAUAGAAAUUUUUCUACGUGCCACUAAUUGUGUGUAAUUAUUUUAAUGGCACUCCGAUUUUUAUUCCUCCACUGGAUAAAUUAGCUCAAAUUAACAGUUGGAUUUUUCCAAAUUUUUCAGGGUGAGAUUAUGCUACUGCAAUUUUUAUUAUAAGGCUGAUAGACAUCUUCAUCAGUGCUGCCAUGCUGCCAAUAAAGGUUGAGGGCACAGUGCUCUAAAUUAAACAGAUACUGGGAUAAACGGAAACUGCCGUGUUUAUUAGAGCAGAUGUUGAUAUUUAUUUCUUCAUUUCCAUCAUAUUUAAUUAGAGUUAUAAUUUUCAAGGAUGGCACAUAUUGGCCUGCCAGCACAGGUGGUUAAUGCAGUUGGUCACUUUUUCUGUAAUUUAGGCCAAGGUUUUCUCUGACAAAUUAAAUUCUCGUAUUAAAACAGAACCUAAGGUCGAACACAAGCUAUUCGUCUUUUAUGAUCACGCUUUUUAUUUGAUUUUCAAUGUCAUUGUAAAUACGGGCACCCAUUCAUUAAAGCUGGCUAAAUAGAUUUCAGAAAAAACUGUGACCCAUGUACCAUUGUUAUUACUGAAAAAGUACAAAAACAAUUUCUUGACUGAGAAAACAAAAAAAUCAAUGCCCAAAAUUUAGAAAAUAGUAUGCAUUUUUUUUAAUACAGCAAACAUGCGAGACCUUUUUUUUGUUUCAGAUCCUUUUCUAUAAAACCAGACUCCUUUGUCAAUUUCCUAUAAAUAGUAAGGUAAAAAUUAUUUCUAAAAUAAUUUGCAAACGUUUUACUGAAAAAAAAAAAUUCUGCCGUUGAGUACCUUUAACUCAACUAUUUGGGUCCAUGUAGAAAAACACUCCUGUUGUAGAUUAUCAUUUUAGAUUAAAACCAAAAACACCUGAGGAAAGGCAAGACAAGUUUAUUUAAAUAGUGCAUUUCAGCAGCAAAACAAUUCAAAGUUCUUUACAUGAUGAAAGAAGUACUUUGCAGUGACAACAAAACAAAAAAAAAAGUAUAUUGGAAGCAUUGUCUUAAAUUAAUGUGCAUUUUCUCUCCUCCUAACCUCAUAUGUUGUGAUGAACAAGGUGCUUCGGUCUGAUAGCCCAGGUUUUCAGUUGCAGAUGCCACUUGCUGACAAUCAAAGAAAGCCAGGCCUCGGCUGAAUGUUUGUGAGGGGGCAGGAAAACCAAAUUCAAUCAAUCUAGAUCUACAGGAUCAACAUUGCCUUUUUAGAUUUCACCCUUUGACCUUUCAGCUCCCAAGGCAGCAUUAAAGCACCUGCCCCCCCCCACCCCUCUCCAUCGGUCGAUCCAUGUUUAUUGCAUAUCUAUUGACUGCUUCUGUGGGAUAUUUGCAUUUGAACAGUGGAAGCGCUGCUCCUUUCUCUCUCUUUUAGUACAUGGCUGUAUUUUCAGGAAAGGUUGUGACAAUCAGGAGACAUUAUUAAGGCAACAUUGUAUACUUCUAAAAACGCUCUCAUACAUCCCUUCAACCACAACCCAAGCCCAUUUUCUACCUCAAGGACCUCAGCUUCGGCAGAUUGCUUUCCGUCAGAGAUCCCUGUCGUUCAUGCAGAAAAACCUCAUCAAAAUGUUUUUUUCUUGCUUCACAAAAACCAUUAAAGAGAUUGUAAUCACCACAGACAAUCAGAUGUCUUCUUAAAUGUGACUCUCUCCUUUAAUCAAUACCCAUGUUUAGUCAUGCAAGGAGAGCAGAAGACAGUUUAAAGCCUUAUAGCCUUUGUGGUAAGAUUGCCCCCCGGUGGAAGGUUUUAUUACAAUGCACAAUCAGUUUUCUAAAUGGAAGUAUCACUUUUACCUCAAUAAUUAUACAAACUUUGAGCAUAACCUCAUAUUUUCCAGGUGUUUCAAGGACGCUUUCUGUGGAUGUAGAAAAGUCUGAAAGAGCAUAGAGGUGAUCAUGAAACACUACCAUGCCUGAAUCUAGACUCAAACUCUUACAGCAGUAGCUUUUCCUUUAGUAAAAAAGUCACACAGUGUGAAUAUAUCACAUUAUUCAGGCUUCCUGUUUUAGUGUAGCUGUGAUCAAGCUGAGGUUUGAUACUUAAAGUCAAAUUGUAGCAAAGAAAUGUAUCAGUUUUUAAAUGAGUAGCAGCUAAACCAGAGCUUAUUCUCAAUUUUAGCAAUGUCUGUCAAACUAGUAUUUUGUUUUUGAUUUUCUGAAUUCAUGAAUCCUGCUUGUAGUUUCUGUUAGCAUUCCUUUGCCGUCUAAGUUACGCUCUUGUCUGUCGUUGGACUCGCUGCUUAAUUCUGCUUCUUUGAUGCCGUUUCCCAGACUGGAACAUAUACCCGGUGUUUCCACUUUGUUAAUCUAGGAGUUAAAUCUCCCAACAAAUAAUGUCAGCACAAGAUCCUGGUCUCUAGUUCACAAAUAUUCUUGAAAUAUAGCUGCUUUUCAUCCAACCAAAGCUGUAGAUUUUUUUGUUUUUAUAAAGAAACUACUAUAAAUCAAACUAAUUUCUUAGCAUCUUGUAUGGAAAUGUACUUCCUGUUGCCGCCGAGCUGGAACAUUUUACGGGUUGAGGUGGGUUCAGGGCUUUUUAACUGGACUUCAUCACUGAUUUGACCUCCAUCUGGUUGGACUGUGGGCAUAAACAACAAGAUGCCUUCUGCUGUGACAAUUAUAUGAAUUAAUCUGUAUUUCUAAGAUUUGUUAACUAGAUUAUUUCUAAUAGAUGGCUUUUUUUAGGGCUAUGGAAUAUAUCAUGUUUAUAUAUUGUUUGUUUGUUUGCUGUUUCUUUGCUUUGUUGACUUGUUUUUAGAAACGGAGGCACACAGAGAUUACUUAUAGAGCAGAUUUAUGAAUCCAGCGAUGAUUUUGUUGUGAAUAAUUGUGAUUAUUGUAGAGAAGAGUGUGUCUGUGUGGUUGUGUGAAACAGUGAGAGUGAGUGAUCUUCGGGUGUCUUUCAGUGCGGAAACAAGGCAUGUUUGUUGUGUCUUACAACUUCUCAGGAAAAUCUACCUCUACCUCCAGUUUGAUGCAUUUUUUUUUUUUACCCCGUUUGGGCUCAUGUUACUGCUCAGCGGGAGGAGGGCGUGAGGACGAACAUCAGGGUCUGAAAUUACCUCCAACACAUCAGAUUAAACAUGUACUGAGCUGGUAAUCCCCAGCUCAUGCGUCUUCUAAUUCUGAGGUUAAUUUUGUGCGCUUGGAUGCCUCCUCUGUGCCCCCCUUCCUUUUUAACUGUUACACAUUCGUAACAUUUCUGUUGUUCAGUUUAAUUGAGCUCCAGCAACAGGGAACCUCCAGAUGAACAGCUAACUACUACGAGUACUACAACAAGUACUGCUUCCUGUACCACUGUUAGUAUAGCUAGUCCGGUAUAAAUCUUCCCAUCAGCUCUCACAAUGUGUGCUUUUUGCCCCCCUCCUUUUGUUUUUCUGUAAAUGAUUACCGUCGUUUGAAUGGGAUGUUUCCCAGUAACCACGUCAACAGCGAAGUGGCUGGGAGUGCAACUGUUUUAUUUUUAGUUGUAUUAUUAUUUUUCUGAAGAGUGAAGAGUAAUUCUAGCCUAUUUACUUAUUAUGUGUUUGUGUGAAUACUUUUCUUUCAAUCUGAAAUUAAUAAAAUAUCAUUAUUAAAUGUUA